CAACAACGAUACAAUAAGUUAGAUAGCAACAUGGUUGGAAAGUUGUUGGUGAUGAGGCUUGUGUUGGUCAUCUAUAUGUUGAGCACUGUCAUUUUGAAAUCCUCAGCACAAGCAUGCAAGAACAAGACCUUCAAUGACAACAAGGUGUUCGCCAAAUGUCGUGAUCUUCCUCAGUCAUCCUCAUAUCUCUACUGGACCUAUGAUCAAGCCACAGGGAAGUUGGACAUGACAUUCACACAUGCUGGAAUCACUGCACCAGAAAGGUGGGUCGCAUGGGCUAUCAAUCCCAACAACAACCUCAAAACAGCUAUGGUUGGAGCACAUGCAGGCUCUGGUGGUGCUCCAAGGGCAUAUACUACUUCCACAACCAAUUACUCAACUCAUUUGGAAGAAGGGAACAUCUCGUAUCCUCACUCAGGCUUGGCGGCUACCCGUCAAAACAAUGAGAUCACUAUCUAUGCUAUCCUGCACCAAAGUUGUUCACCUUUGGCAAGAUGGUCCUCUCUCUAGUUCUAUCCCUCAAGCCCAUCAACUAGCUACUUCUAACAUCCAAGCCAAGGGAAUCUUACAUCUUGUCUAAUUUUGGUAUAUGUAUCUAUUAUCAAUUUCCGAGUACAUAAUAAUCAUG